AUGGCGGGAGAACUUUGCUAUCCUACCCUUCUCACUAUUGUAUUCAUGCUCCUUACAGGUCUCUAUGGUUUCGUCAAGUUCUCGCAUGAGAAUGACUAUGCGACCGAAGGUAAAGCAUCAAUCGAUUUGAAGGAGCCUAUUCAUCUCACCUCUCCUUCCGGUCUUCAUCCCCUCGUUGAACAUCCUGUUGUCGAUUCUACUGGUCCACUCAUCACCUAUGCAUACACUGAGUCCCCGACUGCUCGAGAGAACUUGAUGUUUUUCGUCGAACAUGGCUUGCAUGGCAGCGCGGACUUCAUCUUCAUCCUCAACGGACCCACCAACGUCGCCAACCUGAUCCCCAGCACGGCCAAUAUCGAAAUCAUCUCGCAACCAAAUAAAUGCUUCGGUCUAGGUGUCCACGGCGAAGUUCUCCGCAAGGAUGGACUCUGGAAGAAGCACAACAGCUUCAUCAUGCUCAAUUCCGGUAUCCGAGGGCCCUUCAUGCCAUACUGGAGCCGCAGCUGCUGGAGCGACGCGUUUCUAAGCCGCGUCACCAAGGACGUCAAGCUCGUAGGAACAACAGCAACCUGCCACCCUAAAUUCCACAUCCACCCCACGAUCUGGGCUACGGAUUCAGUCGGCAUGGAACUUCUGCUAAACCCGCCCGAGCACCACGGCAGCAACCAAAUCGUCGCGCUAGGAGGCUGCUACAAGAGCCAGGCGCAAGCAUCCCGCGGCGAGAUCGAAGCGACGUAUGUGAUCAAGAAGGCAGGAUACAACGUCGACGCCAUGAUAGCAGCGUUUCACGAGACCGGAAGCUACGAAGAUGACUGUUCCAAAGACUGGGCUAAAGAAUCGGUGCUGUACCAGCACUUCUAUAAUAGGAUCGCCCAUCCGUACGAGACGUUGUUCAUCAAGGCGGACGGCGAUGCCGAUCCAGUUGCCCUGGCCACUCAUACAGAAUGGUACAAACCUCAUGGUGAGAAUGGCAGCUGGGAUACGUGUCGUUGA